AUGGCCAGAACCAAGCAGACAGCCCGUAAGUCCACUGGUGGCAAGGCUCCCCGUAAGCAGCUCGCUUCCAAGGCUGCCCGCAAGGCCGCCCCUUCGACCGGUGGUGUCAAGAAGCCUCACCGCUACAAGCCUGGUACCGUCGCUCUCCGUGAGAUCCGUCGCUACCAGAAGUCCACCGAGCUCUUGAUCCGCAAGCUCCCCUUCCAGCGUCUCGUCCGUGAAAUCGCUCAGGACUUCAAGUCGGACCUCCGUUUCCAGUCCUCCGCCAUUGGUGCCCUUCAGGAGUCCGUUGAGGCCUACCUCGUCUCCCUCUUCGAAGACACCAACCUGUGCGCCAUCCACGCCAAGCGUGUCACCAUCCAGUCCAAGGACAUCCAGCUUGCCCGCCGUCUCCGCGGUGAGCGUUCUUAAGAGAUGCGCCUUAAUACUUGAUCUUUACUCGUUUCUAUUUGGGAAGGCGAUAAUGGGGUUUUGCUUUUUCUAAUUUCCUUUUUCAUGACUACUGGCGAUACAUGAUGGGUUUCUGCUUCAAAUAUCACUGGGUUCCGGCACUGGGUUUGUGUUUUGUUUUGCUUUGACUACCAUAAAUACUGAAGAGUCGUUGAGAUGCGGCUUGGUGGAUUUGGUCAAGGCUCGUCCGAUUGUACAUUAAAGCUAUCCACCGUGGUGUCUGUAACAAGCACCACUUCAUGAUGAAAUGCACUUUGAAAGCACUUU